UGUACAUUCAUAAAUGAAGCCAUGGCAAGAUGCGCCGUGGAUGUUCAUUCGCCGGAGUUUUUGGCCACACUCUCCGUUGCAUUUGAGAAUAUGAGCGUGGCUGGGUUCCGUCGCACUGAGCAGAGAAGGAGAAAACCCAAGCAACCCACCUCAAAGCCUUCAAGAAUUGGCUCACGAGCUUGCGGGCGCAUUUUGGUGAUUCUAAUGCAGAUCUUUAUUGCGUUUCAGAUCGAUGGUUUCUACCGACUAACCCUUCCGUGGUUUGGCCUCGAAGAGAGAUCUGUAUUGGAUUGCAUUGCAAAGCUUGUGUUCCUUUCUGUCGGUGUACUGAUAGAGGUCUUUUAUUCCUGCACCAGUUUCAUUGAUCCCGGGAGUCCCAAGAUUGAUUCCCAGACCAAAGAUUGGUGCAAUUGCUGCAUGGCGCCAAAACCUGAAAGAUGUCAUCAUUGCAGCACGUGUUGUCGUUGUGUGCUGCGAAUGGAUCAUCAUUGCAUUUUCACUAACUGCUGCGUUGGCAGACACAACCAGCCAUACUUCUUGGUUUUCCUGCUCCUGACAACAAUUGGAGCCGCGCUGGCAGCACUGACCGCUGCUCCGCAAAUACCUGGAGCACUACUCUCACUUUUCCUUGGAGAAGAUGUCAAACACGUCAGGACGCUCCACCUCCUCAUACUCGGCAUCUCUGCAACUUGUGCGUUUCUUCUUCUCUGGAAUUUGUUGCUGGCACAGCUGCACCUGCUUUUACGGAAUGAAACAACCAUUGAAAGUCUCAGAAACUGGGCGGAGAGGUGUCCCAGUGCCUAUGAUAGAGGAGUUCGGCAAAAUAUUGCUGAGAUUUUUGGCACACCAUCAAGGUAUGUCCCGCAAGUUAUACUAGACUUGUUGGACGGAGCCGAUCAAUUCCUUUCUGGAGAUGAUUGAAGCCAAAGACCAAACCCUUAAAGCCAGGGUCAUCAACAGUCAUCGGU